AUGGAAGAUUAUGAAGUGGUGGAGCAGAUUGGGAGGGGGGCUUUUGGAGCUGCUUUUCUUGUUCAUCACAAGGCUGAUAAGAAGAGGUAUGUUUUGAAGAGGAUUCGGCUUGCGAAGCAAACAGAAAAAUUCAAGAAAACUGCACACCAAGAGAUGGCUCUAAUGGAACAGUUAAACAACCCAUAUAUUAUCAAGCACAAGGACUCAUGGGUGGAGAAGGACUCCCAUGUGUGUAUUGUGACUAGUUAUUGUGAGGGGGGGGACAUGGCAGAGAUAAUCAAAAGAGCUAGAGGGGUACAUUUCUCAGAAGAGAAGAUAUGCAAAUGGCUAACUCAGCUGCUUAUAGCUUUGGAUUACUUGCACUCUAACCGCGUCCUCCAUCGAGACCUCAAGUGCUCGAACAUUUUUCUCACAAAGGAAUACGACAUCAGGCUCGGUGACUUUGGACUUGCAAAGUUGCUCGAGAAGGACAAUCUUGCUUCAUCGGUUGUGGGAACUCCAAACUACAUGUGUCCUGAAAUUCUUGCAGAUAUACCUUAUGGCUAUAAAUCAGAUAUAUGGUCAUUAGGUUGUUGUAUGUUUGAAAUAGCAGCCCAUCAGCCUCCAUUCAGGGCUUCAGAUAUGACUACACUUAUCAACAAAAUAAACAGAUCCACACUUUCUCCUCUCCCCACAAUAUAUUCUUCUACUCUGAAGCAACUCAUCAAGAGCAUGCUUCGGAAAAGCCCGGAACAUAGACCAACGGCUGCAGAACUUUUGAGGCACCCACAUUUACAACCGUAUGUCGCACAAUAUAGCAACUUAUCGCACGUCUUUCUUCCGGUCAAAUCCGAAACUGAUGCAAACUACCAAAUGCCGACAAUUCAAACGUACGAAAAGGGCGUGGAUAAAAAAGGGAGCAUUAAUCCAAAGAAGAAAAAUCCGAUACUGGACAAAAAGACAAAAAUGCCGCUGACAUUCAAAACCGCUAACCAUAACGAGCACACAACGGAUGUCAGUCCAGAAAAAUGUAGGGAACUGGCCAAUAACACCGAUGCAAGUGAUAAUCCAACCGAAAGAAAAGGUACAAUUACAAAUAACUCGAGAUCCUCAUCCGGGUCGAGUACUUUGACCGAUAAAACCGAGCCCGAGGUUUCGGGCGAACAGAAAGCCGAAGCAAUGGAGACAUUGCUCGAGCUGUGUGCAAAACUCCUUCAGCGGGAGAGGAUCGAGGAGCUUUCGGGUAUUUUGAGGCCGUUUGGCGAGGACGAAGCUGUCUCGUCGAGAGAGACUGCUAUUUGGUUGACUAAAGGGCUGAUGAAAAUUCAAAGGCCAAGUGGAGAAGCCUAA